AAACCCCAAAAGGACGGAGAAGUGGAGCCGUGGAGGUGCGUGCUUCGUCACUGCAAGUCCCAUGGCGACGAGCUCUCCCGAUAUUACUUCCAAAUCUUCCAAUCAAUCCUUCCGCACCACCACCACUACACUAAUCUCUCACUCGUUCUUCAAAACAGUCUGUCUACAAGACUGGUGGCUGGUUAAGGCUGAUCGUGACUUCCAUGGAAAAAGAUUAGCUGUUGGAGGGAUCGCUUCCAGAGAGCGGCAUGCAGCUAGAGUAUUCUCCUCUGCACCAAUUGUUAAAAGGUUUGAUACCUUUACUCUUGAGACGUCAGAUGGCAUCACAAUUGCAAUUAAGGGCCUUAUCAACUUCUCCCGCACAAACCAGAAUGGUUUUGCAAUGGAGGUCUCCAAUCACUUCCUUUUUGGCUUUCCCUAUUACUGGGAAGAUUACAUUGCCCAGUAUUUUGAUACAUGCACAGGUGAUGUUCCGACAAGUGUUUCUGAUUUCAAUGAGCAAAUUAUGCCCUCAUUUAAUGUCCAGCCCAGGUAUCACUUAUAUGAAUUCCCAAUUACUAAAGUGCGCGAUCAUUUAAUCUCCAGCCCACGUAUCUCUGAUAAUUGCGUGCUAGCAAAAGGCUAUUUGAACGAUAUCCUUAAAAAACUCAGUAGCAAAGAUUCUGAAAUUCCUGGGGUGUCAAUUCAUUCAUAUCUGAAUAGAUCUAGUGCAUCCAUGGAAGAGGAAACUGCAAGUAGAUGUAAGAAAGCCAAGAUUGAAAACAAGCAUGAGAUUGGCAAGGAUUUUGUUGAUCCAGAAAAUGGUGUAGAAAGCACUGGAGUACUAUUUAAAGAAGAAAAAAAUAAUAUCAGUUGUGAUGGUUUGAAUGAGCCUGAAAGUAUAAUCUUAGAAGGAAACUCCAUAUUAGAAACACGUAACACCACUGAUGAUGUUGCUGAAAAUUCAGUAUUGCUGGAGAAUACAGAUGUUAACCUGCUUGAGGUAGAGCUGCAGAUGCCAAAUUCAACUUCAGAUAAAGAUGAAGAUGGUGUAACUGACUUGAUUUCGAAAGUGUCAAAAAGAAAAGGUAGGAGUAACUCGGGACUGGACAGAUGCUCUCCUAAGUGGUUGGACAGUUUAAAGUGCGAUUUGAAAGAUAAGACGAAAACUGUUUGUGGCUCCAACAUUGUGAAUCUGAACGUUGCAAGUCCUGUUGGAGAGAAAUCAUGUUGUGGUAACAGUAAAAGUUUGGGUAGUGAUGGCCUUGAAGGGACCAUAGAGGAAUCUUCUUCAAAACUUAGGAAAAGUCGUAAAAAAACAGAAAGACCCAAUGACUCCAUUGUCAGAAGAUCAAGUAUUAGGAUCAGGAAUUUACAGGACAAAUCGAAAGAAACAUGAAAACAGACUAUGCUUUCAAUGGAUUCCGGUUAUAUUGUAAAUACUGUUUAGCAUGUAUCAUGUAUGUUGGUGACACACUGCUUCUUAUC